AUGGUCCCCAUACUCUGGUAUACCCACUACCGCUCCAGCUUAAACUACUUCUAUAUCAUGUCUGAAACCAAAACAGACCCCACAAACUUCCUUAGUUCCGUUAUAGGAAGCACCAUUGUGGUCAAGCUCCACAAUGGCGUCGAAUACAAGGGCGACUUGCAAAGUAUCGACGGCUACAUGAACGUUGUGUUGCGUUCUGCUAAAGAAUACGUGGAGGACUUCGAGAGCAAGAGUUUCGGCGAUGUUUUCAUCAGAGGUAACAACGGUAUGUAUACAAUCUUGUGA